GGUCAGGUUAUCAAUCACAACAUUAAGUUUGAUGAAACAUUAAUGAAGUUUCAUCAAGACUGGGGACCUAUUACUUCUAUUUCAUUUCACACAGAUGGUCAUCCAGUAAUGGCAGCUGGACGCCCAUGUGGCCAUACUGGACUCUGGGAUCUAGAAGACAAAAAAGUUAAUCGAUCAAAUGAGAAAUGCACAUUCUACAGCAAUUGCCGGAGUGACAUUUCUCCAUAGAGAGCCACUUCUUGUCACAAACGGUGCUGACAAUGCUCUCAGAAUAUGGAUAUUCGAUGGUCCCACAGGUGAAGGCCGGCUUUUGCGAUUCAGAAUGGAACAUAGUGCUCCUCUUACCAAAAUAAGAUAUCAUGGACAAAACGGACAACAAAUUCUUAGUGCAAGUCAGGAUGGAACUCUUCAGUCCUUUUCCACGAUACAUGAAAAAUUUAACAAGAGCUUGGGACAUGGAUUAAUAAGUAAAAAGAGAGUCAAACGUAAAGGAGUUCAGAAUGCCGCGUCAGUGAGACUUCCACCCAACACAAAGUUUGCAGCUGAGGAAGCUCGUGAAAGUGACUGGGAUGGUAUCAUUGCUUGCCAUCAAGGUAAGCUAUCUUGCUCAACCUGGAACUAUCAAAGAUCUACAAUAGGUGCUUACUCUCUCAAGCCAAAAGAGCUGGAGAAAGAUGACAUAACUGCGACAGCAGUGGAUAUAACUUCUUGUGGAAACUUUGCUGUAAUUGGUCUCUCAUCAGGAACUGUAGAUGUAUAUAACACGCAGUCGGGUACACACUGAGGAAGUUUGAGCAAGGAUCAAGCCCAUAAAGGAUCUGUUAGAGGUGUUGC